UUUACUUCUCACCUACCUCAUAUCAGUCACCGUUCCUAUCCAUAAAAACCCCAUCAGAAGAAGCUUAGGUGAGUUUGUUCCGACCGGAGAGACAAAUCAGAAGAAGAACCGGGCACGUUGGAUCUUUGUCCUUGUUCUCACGGUGGAAGAUGAUACUUGAGAUGGCUACUUCAAUUGUGAUUAUAAUUAAGAUGUGGCAUGGAGGUAUCUUUAAGCACAACAACCAGAAAUAUUUGGAGUAUGUAAAUGGUGAUUAUAAAUGCUUUGACAUCGAUGUUGAUGAGUUGUACGUGUUGAUUUUGGUUAGAAGAGGUAAAUGUGGGAAAUAUAAAAAGCAUUGAGGAUAUUUACCACUUGAUUCCUGAUCAAAGUUUAGAGAAAGGUUUGAGAAGGGUUAAGCUUGAUGAUGAAGUCAGGGAAAUGUACAAAGUAGCUAUGCAAUAUAAGAUCAUUGAUUGCUAUAUAAGACAUGGACUAAGCUCACCAGAAUUGGUGCUACUGCUUGAAGGUGGUGGGGAUAAUGAGGGGGGGGGAGAUGGAGUUAAUGAGGGGAUAAAAGGGACUUCAAGAAGUUCAGGUCUAAGUGAAACUCAACCAAAUGCAAGGAAGGCAGCACAAACCUCCACUUCACAACCAAACACCUCAAGAAGUGAAGAUGGACUGGAAGAUGAAGUUAUGGAUUAUGAGGCUUCUGACUCUUCAGGGGAUGUGGGAGAUGAAGAUGGUGAGGACUUAGAGGUCCC